AGAAGAAGAAAUCACGGAAGCACAUGGUAGUCCGCUUUGAAAGCGUUGCUGUUUAACUUUACUGAUACUGAUAUUUACUUCUUUUUUUUUUAACUUAAUUGGAAGGUUAAAAAAAGAGUAGCACAGAAAGCUGCCAGUUUUCUAACACCCUGCUUUGUUGCUGCUAUCCUGCAGCAAAUUAGCUUAAUACGUUUCCAUCAUGGUUCGAGCACUACGGAGUAAAAAGGUACAGAGGCAGAAGAAGACAGAGCAGUAUGAUGAAGAUGACCCUGAAGCCUACAAGAAAAUGCCCGUCCCAGAUAAGAGAUCAUCACAGUACACUAAGGACACGAUCGAUCAGUUCCAUGAUGAGAAGAUUGCGAAUCUUCUCGCCCGUGGUGUUCAAAUGGACAGCGACCAGGAGGCGCUGGACGACGAGGAGGAAGUGAUGGCCUUGGAUGAUUCUGAGUCAGAAGAUUCGGAGGAGGAGGAGGAGGAGGAGAUUGAGGAAGAAGGGACAGACAUGGAAAGUGACAUAGACGGGAAGGAUGAAGAAGAUCUUCCAAAUGAAAUGGCGUGGGGCACCAAGAAGAAGAUGUUCUAUGACUCGGAUUAUGUGGCCGCUAAGGGGAAAUCACAAGAAGAGCUGGAGGCUGAGGAGCAAGAGGAAGAAGAAGAGGCCAAAAACAUCCAGAAACGUUUAGCUGCAAAUCUGAGCGAGGAGGAUUACGACUUAAACUUUUUCCAGGAAUUUGCUGCUGAGGAGAAGGAUGAAAAGAAGACUGUAGAAAAAGAGGAGAGGAUUGUAAAAGACCUGAAACAGAUGUCGCAGAAGGAAAAAAUGAAGCUGUUGAAGAAGGAUUCACCAGAGCUGCUUGAACUUAUUCAGGACUUCAAGGCAAAGCUUUCUGAACUGAAGGACGAGCUGCAGCCGCUCGUACAAAUGGUCAAGGACGGAAAGAUCCCAGCAGGAAAGGGAGCCGAAUACCUCAAGACAAAACAGCAACUUUAUCUCAAUUACUGCACAAACAUCAGCUUCUACUUGGUGCUGAAAGCAAAACGAAUCCCUGCUCACAGCCACCCUGUGAUUGAAAGACUGCUCACCUACAGAAAUCUCAUCAAUGAUAUCGCUGAAGUCGAUGCUCGACUUGCACCGGAGUUUCGCCAACUCCUAGCUGGUGAGCAGAAAGGUAAAAGCACCAGCAAGCCAGCAGAGGGAAAGAAGACCAAAGUCUCUAGUAAGAAGGAAAAGGAUUCAGGAGAAGCUGUGGCUGAGGGUGAGGACGACUCGGACUCCGACCUGGAUGAGGAAGCAGCUUUGCGUUUCUAUAGAGAUGUGGAGGAACGCCUGAAAUUAAAGAGGAAGAAACAUGACCCAGAAACUGAAGAACUGAAGGAGGAAGAAGGUGAAGAGGAGGAGGAGCUGGAUCCUGACGCAAAGAGAGGGAUCACAUAUCAGAUGGCUAAGAACAAGGGGCUCACACCAAAGAGGAAGAAAAUUGACCGUAAUCCCAGAGUCAAGCACAGAGAAAAGUUCAGACGGGCUAAAAUCCGCAGAAAGGGCCAGGUCCGUGAGGUUCGUCGAGAGGAGACGAGAUACAGCGGAGAGCUGUCUGGUAUCCGUGCUGGUGUCAAGAAGAGCACCAAACUCAAGUAACCAGCAGAGAGCCAAACAUAUACUGUCAAGGGUAGCCAUGGGGGUGAAAAUAUACCAGUGGACUUUACUUUUAAAUGUUUAUUAUAGUCGUAGUAACGCAGGUUUAACUGUAAUUAUUGUAAAACCAUAAAAUGUCUUUCUGCCACGGAUUCUUGGACCGUGUGAAUAAACAUUUAAAAUCUGUCAA